UUUGCUUUUUUAUGAUUCGGAGUGCAAAUAUUUAGUGACCAGAAUUGAAAUUGAUAUGAACACUGUCUAUGAUCUGUUACUUCGUGCCUAAUGGAACCAGUUAACGUACAGUUAGCUCCCUUGAUGCAUGAUAGUCUUUAUGAUCUACAUGGGGGAUACAACUAUACACCUUCUCUGUGGGGACAUAGGGAGGAGAGAACAUUUAGCAGUCAUCAGACUGAGACCUCCUCCAAUCGAAGUGAAAACUCCACACGGACAGAAAACAAGAAACUACCCCCAGAUAAUUCUGGAUCCGCCACUGAAAAUACAGAAUGGCCACAGGAAGUGAAGAAAGAACAAACGGAGAAUACUAAAUCUGACAGUACACAGAAACAGUCACAAGUGGCGUGUACACUCAAGUGGUUGUCGGAGAACUAUGAGAGGGCAGAGGGAGUUUGUCUUCCCAGGUGUGUUCUAUACACACACUACCUGGACUUCUGUAAGAAGAUGAAAUACACACCUGCCGGGGCCGCCACCUUUGGAAAGAUCAUUCGUCAGAAGUUUUCUAAGAUAACUACCAGGCGAUUGGGGACUAGAGGACAAUCAAAGUACCAUUACUAUGGCAUCGGCAUCAAGGAGACCUCGAUCUACUAUCAUUCCGUGUACUCAGGAAAGGGAUUAACAAGAUUUUCCGGAAUCAAGAUAAAGACUGAGGGUUCCAACAGAAAAUUUUCCCUUAGCUCAAAGACCGGAACUUUACUACCAGAAUUUCCAAAUGCUGAAAACUUAAUUUUGCCAGAAAAUGUUGACAGAGAGAAGAUGCAGACAUUUAUCAUGAUGUAUCGAACUCACUGUCAAAGGAUACUGGACACAAUUAUAAGUGCUAAUUUUGACGAGGUGCGAAACUUUUUACUACACUUCUGGCAGGGUAUGCCGGAGCACCUGCUGGGGCUGCUGAAUCUGGACAUGGUGGCCGACAUCGUGGGGCUCUGUGACUCAAUACUAUAUAAGGUUAUGAUAGAUGUAUUAAUUCCUUCAACUAUCCAAGACCUGCCUUACAGCCUGGGGUCUGAAAUCAAAGUUUUUAAUCGAAAAUUAGUGCAUUGGUUGUAUAGUUCCCUUGAAGAUGUACCAAAGAAGCUAAGAGACAAGAAAAUAGAAGUGGCCAAACAUUUUAUUCACAGUAUUAAACGCCAAAUGUCUUUUGUGCACUUAGCGCAAACGGCCAGAAGUGUCCUUCAUAAUCAAGAGUGUUUGAAUGGUAUGCUGGAGGAUGUGUCAAGUAUAGAUCUGACAGAGAUUUGCUGUCAGGCUGGGUUCACAACCCCUAAAUCUACCAAUAGUCUUAAAGAAGUUAUUUAUGAUUGUUUCGACGAAUUUCAGAAUUUGCUGACCAAGCAAGCACCGAUUGAGGGUUACACAGAAUGGCUCGAUAACAUCAUUGAUAAAUGUGUUUUACAGCCUUUAAAAGACAAAGAUAAAUCAUUUAAAGAAACUGCCUCAAAGUUCCUUCUACACUGGGAAAUCAUUGGUUCUCUGUUGAUGAGGGAUUUAACAUUACACAAUGCAACAAGUUUUGGUGCCUUCCAUCUGAUUCAUAUGAUGUUUGAUGAGUACGUUUUUCUCGUCAUGGAAACACAACAUGAUCAGGUCACAGAUAAAACGCUACAGAAAGCUGUCCAGAAAUAUAUGAAGUGCGCAGAGGAGAUAAAAACGCAAGCCAAGGUACGGACACCAUCAUCCAAACAUCUGGUUUCUCCUAAAUGCCGAAAAAGAAAAAUUGAUGAAGGAUCCUUCGACAGUAAUGACGAAGGUGACAAUGUUGGAGGUAUGGACGAGAAUCGACAUGGUGCUUCCGAUUCCUACUCCUCAAUGAACGGCACGGCUUUUAGUCGUCCUCCUCCCUCCAUCCACAGGGAACCAUGUACACUGACCUUUCCUGACGAAUCCUGUCGACCAGGGAUAAAUCAUUCUUCCUUGCCAUUAUCCCCAUUGAAACACUAUUCGUCACUUAAUGGAAGUGCUUAUGAACGUCCGACUUACAUUUCUCAGUAUGGGUUAAAUUCGUAUGGCGAUAUUAUGAACACCAAUAACACUUUUACUACGCCUAGAGUUCAGCCUUAUGGCGAAACACAUAUUAACUCUUUUCCCACAGUGCCUUUUACCGGAAGUGUUCCACAGGCAACCACGUCUUAUUGGGCAGACAGUAGAACCCAUCCUACAUUUCAUGAGACCUAUAACCCAUACAGUUACAAUAAAUUUCAUCCUUCAUACGAUACCUAUAAUAAAAGUUCAUUUUUAAGAGGUUCCACCUACCAAGAUACGAUCAACAGGUCUGCUUUUGAAAAUUCUAGAAAUUAUUACAGAAGCUCCCACGACAACUUCCAAGUAGGAAGCCACCUUUCGAUUGGAGGUUUAAAUGGUCCCUAUAUGGAUAUUGCGCAGCCGCAAUCACAAUAUCCGCCACGCCAAGACUCUGCCAUGUUCUUCCAAGAAGAUAUAUAUGCAAACUCGAUGCCGCCAUCAUUUUCUACAAUCGGAAAACCUUACUUUGCAGCCGCUUUCCGAUAGAAAUGUAU